AUGUCAACUCAUGACAACGCGGACCGCCAGUCAGAAUUUGUUGCCGAUGCAGUCACUGCGAUGAAACUGGAGCAGUCCGAGAAUAACACCGAUGCUCCGAUCCUCAACGGCGGAGGCGCCGCGAUGAAGCCCGACUCCAAAGCCGCGUCGCCAGAACCCCUAAUAAAAGAUGAGCGGGCAUCCUCGACCUUUAUGAAGUCGCGAUCCUCUUCACGAACACCGUCUUCACGAACACCGCUCAAAAAAGAACACUCAGAUAGCGAAGAUAUCCAGGAAAAGCGUGGGGAUGAUGCGUCGGGUACAGAAAAGGUUGGAGGGGGCAUCUCGGUCAAAAUGGAGCCGGGACAGCCUCCCAAGCUUGCUCGUAGCUCCUCACAAAAGGUGGUUCCGCGACCGCCACAGCUGUUCUUGGACUUGCCGGAUAGUACGGAGGAAGCUCAGAAGACAUUUGAGGUGAUCGAAACCUGCCAGUAUGCUAAUAAAUACAUGGGCUAUACGGAGCAUGCUAUGGAGUGUGAUUGUGCGGAAGAAUGGGUUUUAGUUGUUGUCCUUGCACCAUCCCCAAGCUUUCGCGUUCCGUCUCAAAAUCCGGCCAGUUCAACGAAUCGAGCAUGUGGAGAGGACUCGGACUGCAUCAACCGCGCGACCAAGAUUGAGUGUAUGGGCGACUGCGGCUGUGGGCCAGAUUGCCAGAACCAACGGUUUCAGCGCAGGGAGUACGCGAAUGUGGCUGUCAUUAAAACUGAGAAGAAGGGUUAUGGUCUCCGCGCGGAAGAGGACUUGCGACCGCAUCAAUUCAUUUUCGAGUACGUCGGGGAGGUCAUCAACGAAGGCCCGUUCCACCGCCGCAUGAGGCAGUAUGAUGCAGAAGGGAUCAAGCAUUUCUAUUUCAUGUCCCUCAGCAAGGGUGAAUUCGUCGACGCAACCAAGAAGGGCAAUCUCGGGCGUUUCUGCAAUCACUCGUGCAACCCCAAUUGUUAUGUCGAUAAAUGGGUGGUCGGAGAGAAGCUCCGCAUGGGUAUCUUUGCUGAACGACACAUUCAAGCGGGUGAGGAACUCGUCUUUAACUAUAAUGUGGAUCGGUACGGUGCAGACCCCCAGCCGUGUUACUGCGGCGAACCCAACUGCACAGGCUUUAUAGGCGGCAAGACUCAGACUGAGCGGGCGACUAAGCUGUCAAAUGCGACGAUCGAAGCUCUGGGCAUCGAAGAUGCCGAUGGGUGGGAUACUGCCGUUGCAAAGCGGCCGCGAAAGAAGAAGAUGGGUGAGGAGGAUGAAGAAUAUGUGGACAGCGUACAACCCAAAUCACUGGAUGAAAGCGGCGUUACGAAGGUCAUGGCGGCUCUUAUGCAGUGUAAGGAAAAGUGGAUUGCAGUCAAGCUCCUGGGUCGAAUCCAACGUUGCGAUGAUGAACGCGUGCGCAACCGGGUCGUGAAAAUGCACGGCUAUCAAAUCCUUAAUUCACAACUCGCCAUGUGGAAAGAUGAUUUCAACGUUGUUCUACAGAUUCUGGACAUCCUGGACAAGUUCCCCCGUCUCACGCGGAAUAAGAUCAUUGACUCCAAAAUUGAGUCGACAAUUCAGCCACUCACCAGCUGCGGCGACGAACGAGUCGAGCAAAAAGCGACUGUAUUGCUGCAACUCUGGUCGACUCUGGAAAUUGGCUAUCGAAUUCCACGGAUGAAGCGGGAUCCCAAUGCCGCUACUCCGACUGUCAGCCAGUUUCAUCGACGAGAUGAUAUCUCAGAUGAGCGGCAGCAACGCCCUAGAUCACGGUCACGGUCGAGGUCAAUUGAAGCUCCUCGAGGGCCAGCAGCGCAGAAACGAGGCGGCCAGGGCCCAAGAAAUCAACACCAUCAGGGUCCUCGAACGUUCCGACGGCGGUUCGACCCUCUCCCACAGGGCUGGUUUGCGGCCGAGUCCAAUGGCCGAACAUAUUACUAUUCAGCUCGAGGAGACACUACCUGGACGCGGCCCACGAAGCCAGCGCCGCAGCCGCCGCCACCGCCGAAAGAGUCGAGGGACAAAGCACUUCAGAGUAUUAUUGACGGUAUCAUGAACGCAAAGGAACAGACGCCCAAGGAGAAGAGCGGCACGCCUACCACUCCGCAACCGUCUAAGCCCACGCCGGAGGGCAAGGACAGGCAAGAAAAGUGGAGGAGCUACAGCGAAGAGAAACAGAAGAAGCUCUACGAAAACACGCUGUAUCCCCACAUAAAAUACGUCGUUGACAAGUUCAAACACAAGCUUCCGAAAGACGACCUUAAGCGAUACGCGAAAGACGUAGCAAAAAAGCUAGUCAAUUCGGAUUUUAAGAACAACCGGGUCACAGAUCCUACUAAGAUCGACGACAAACAGCAGAAGAAGGUUAAGAAAUUCUGCAAAGAAUUCUUUGACAAAGCGGUUGCGAAGCACCAGGCUCACGAGAAGCGAAAAGCGGAGAAACUGGCCAAAGAAGGUAGCUCAGAUAACAAGCUGGCGACGCCAGUAGGCGGCCAAAGCGAGGGCGACGGAACACCGGACGUGAAGAUGUCAGACGACGAAGGUAGCACUGGGAGGGAAGGGACCGGUAGCCUCAAACGGAAGAGAGACGAACUCAGUGUCGGUAACACGAACACUCCUGACGAUACACCGACUUCUUCAACAAAACGACAGCGAUCGUCAACACCACCACCACCACCUCCCCCUGCCAUGAAUACCAACGACAAUAACAACGACAAUGACGAUAUGAGCGUGAGAAGCGAUGAACCUGAUGCCGACGCAGACGCAGACGAGGUUGUCUUAGUCGGUAACCCAACACCUCCUCCUCCGCCGCCUCCACCUCCACAAGAGGACAUGCGUAUCCCAGACGCAGAUGCAGAGACUAAUGGACACAAUUUCGAAGGAUACGGCGAAAUGAAUCGAUCCCAUCAGGCUCAGAUCGGCAUCGAGGGAAAUGUAUAG